GUCGAGUCUCCUCAGUCUCCCGCCGGAGCCUCCUCCUCUCAGCUCCUCUCAGCUCCUCCACUGCUCCUCCACUGCUCCUCCACUGCUCCUGCAGAGGACCGGGCCUCGCAGCGGACACUUGUGCACGGGGACACGGGAAGGGCAAAGAGAGGAGACUAAACCCACCAGAGCCCCUUGGGAGAUCUGUCCAGGCUGUCUCCACGUCCAUGAGGACCUUUCUCCGGACUCCAUCCCCCACUCUCUGACCCACACGCUGCAGAGGCUGCUAUGUCCUCGUGAACCCUCAGCUCCUCCUGCAGCCAUGGCCCAACAGAGCGCCGAGCUGUCCCACUGCUAGGCGACGGGGCAAUCCGAGAGGGCAGGAGACAUGUUGGGACGGACGCCCGGAAACCACUGCACUGAAUUCAGUUACUAUAGCAGCUACUGUAGUGACCAUGGAAAUGCUACGGAGGACUGGUCUGGUCUGCACUGUCAUCGCCUUCAUGGUUGCCGCCGAGGUCGCAGGAGGUCACAGGGAUGAGUUCGCUCAAUCGCAAGCUGCCUUCCUGUCCAGUUUGGGCCAGUAUGAAAUCGCCAUCCCAGUACGUGUAGGACCUAAUGGCGAGACGCUGGAAGCAGAAACGCCUCAACACCAACGAAGAAGAAGACGCAGCACCGAAGAGAAGCCUCCUGACUCUCUCUUCUACCAGCUGUCCACAUCACGUAACAACUUCAUGCUCAACCUGACGCUGCAGGGAGGCCUGCUGUCGCGGCAGUUCAGGGUCGAGUACUGGAAGAGGGGCAGAUUAGCCUGGAGUCACCCGUACUCUCCCCACUGCCACUACAUAGGACACCUGCAAGACCAGCCGCACUCCAGCAAAGUGGCCCUGAGCAACUGCAACGGCCUGCAGGGGGUGAUUGUUGCGGGGGGAGAGGAGUACCUGAUUGAACCCCUUGUCUCAUCAGAUAACCAGACCAGCAGGACGGAGAGGGGGGAGAGGGCAGAGGGGCGCCCCCAUGUGGUUUACAAGCGGUCAUCGCUUCGCCAUCAGUACAAGGGCCUAUCCUGCGGCGUCAUCGAUGAGAAGCCGAUGAAGGGGGCGUCAUGGUGGCAGCGGACGCUGAAGACGCCCCCUCACCACGUCGGUCGCGGCCAGCUGCCUCUGAAGCGCUCGGUCAGCCGGGAGCGCUACGUGGAGACGCUGGUCGUGGCCGAUAAGAUGAUGGUGGGUUACCACGGUCGCAGGGACAUCGAGCAGUACAUCCUGGCUGUCAUGAAUAUUGUUGCCAAACUGUUCCAGGAUUCUAGCCUGGGGAAUGCAGUCAACAUAGUGGUGACACGGCUCAUCCUACUCAUGGAAGACCAGCCGACACUGGAGAUCAACCACCAUGCUGGGAAGUCUUUGGACAGCUUCUGCAAGUGGCAGAAAAACAUCCAACACCGGAGCAGCUAUGGGAACGCCAUUCCAGACAACGGGAUCGCACACCACGACACGGCCGUGCUUAUCACCAGGUACGACAUCUGCAUCCAAAAAAACAAGCCAUGUGAAACCCUAGGUCUGGCUCCUGUAGGGGGGAUGUGUGAGCCGGAGAGGAGCUGCAGCAUCAAUGAGGACAUUGGUCUGGGAACAGCCUUUACUAUCGCCCACGAGAUAGGACACACGUUUGGGAUGAACCAUGAUGGGAUGGGGAACGCCUGCGGCCCCCGCAGCCAGGAGACCGCCAAGCUGAUGGCCGACCACAUUACCAUGAAAACUAACCCGUUCAUCUGGUCGGCCUGUAGCCGGGAUUACAUCACAAGCUUCCUGGACUCUGGUAUGGGCUCCUGUCUGAACAACGUCCCCCCCAAGCAGGAGUUUGUGUACCCCACCACGGCACCAGGUCAGGCAUACGAUGCCGACGAACAGUGCCGCUUCCAGUACGGCAUGAGAUCUCGACAAUGUAAAUACGCGGAAGUCUGCAGUGAACUAUGGUGCAUGAGUAAAAGCAACCGUUGCAUCACCAGUAGCAUUCCUGCUGCAGAGGGAACCAUCUGUCAGACCAACACAAUAGAGAAAGGGUGGUGCUACAAGAGGCUGUGUGUGGUGUAUGGGACUCGUCCGGAGGGCGUGGACGGAGGCUGGGACUUGUGGUCGCCCUGGGAGGAGUGCAGCAGGACCUGUGGAGGUGGAGUCUCCUCCUCUGUCAGACACUGUGACAGCCCCAGGCCAACCAUCGGUGGAAAGUAUUGUCUGGGGGAGAGAAAGCGUUUCAGGUCCUGCAAUAUUGAUGAGUGCCCCGCAGGCUCUCGGGAUUUCAGGGAGAUUCAGUGCUCCGACUUUGACAGCGUUCCUUUCCGGGGAAAAUUCUACACCUGGAAGCCAUACAGAGGAGGUGGAGUGAAGUCGUGUUCUCUCAACUGCCUGGCCGAAGGUUACAACUUCUACACGGAGCGAGCUCCAGCUGUGGUGGACGGCACGCCCUGCCGAGAUGACUCCCUGGACGUGUGCGUAAAUGGGGAGUGUAAGCACGUAGGCUGCGAUCGCAUCCUCGGCUCUGACGUUCGCGAGGACCGCUGCCGGAUCUGUGGAGGUGACGGGAGCAGCUGCACGACUGUGGAGGGCCUUUUCAACGACUCGCUGCCCGAAGGAGGUUACGAAGAAGUGGUCCGAAUCCCCAAAGGAUCAGUGUUCCUCCACAUACAAGAGCUCAACAUCUCCCUCAACUACCUUGUGCUGAAGAGUAAAGGUGACCAGUAUUUCAUCAAUGGGAAGCUGACCAUCGACACACCGCGCAGGUUCGAAAUUGCCGGUACCACCUUUCACUACCGGCGGCCCACUGACGGACCAGAAACUCUUGAAGCUCUGGGGCCGACAAACAUAACCCUUAUUGUCAUGGUGCUGGUGAGGGAGGAGAACCCAGGGAUCCACUAUCGCUUCAACCCUCCGCUCAACAGGGACCCGCUGAGCGGUUUUGCCUGGAACCACAACUCCUGGUCCCGCUGCUCGUCCGUCUGCGCCGGAGGUGCUCAGAUCCAGCAGGUGGUGUGCAGGAAGCACUCGGAUCAUUCAGUCGUCUACAACCACUUCUGUGACAAGAAGAACAAACCCAAAGAGAAAAAGAGAUCCUGCAACACUGAGCCGUGCUCCCCGAGCUGGUGGACAGGAGACUGGUCGGAUUGCAGCCGCAGCUGUAACGGAGGCCUGCGGAGUCGGGAGGUUUUAUGUAAAAGGAGAAUCUCUGCAACAGAGGAGAAAGUCCUGGAUGACUCAGCCUGCACCCCCACUCGCCCCUCGCUCACUGAGCCCUGCAGCAACCACAGCUGCCCCCCCGAAUGGCUGGCCCUGGACUGGUCAGAGUGCACGCCCAGUUGUGGUCCUGGCUUCAGGCACCGUGUGGUCUUGUGUAAGAGCGGGGAGAGCGGGGACACGCUGCCAGAGUCUAAGUGUCCCAAGCACGGCCGGCCCACCUCCAGGGUGCGCUGUAACCUGCAGCGCUGCCCUCCCCCUCAGUGGGUGACGGGUCCCUGGGGAGAGUGCUCCGCUAAGUGUGGCCUGGGUCAGGAGAUGCGUUCAGUUCAGUGUCUUGCUCACACCAGUCAGCUGUCCAUGGACUGUCUGGAGCACCAGCGACCAGCAGCCAUGCAGCAGUGCAAGAGCAAAUGUGACCUCAGUCUGCCCGUCAGUACGGACAACCCGGAAGGCCGUAUGUCAGAGGAUCUCAGGGAGUCUUUGAACAAUCAAGAGUGUAAAGAUGUGAACACUGUGGCCUACUGCCCCCUGGUGCUCAGGUUCAAGUUCUGCAGCCGGCCAUAUUUCAGACAAAUGUGCUGCAAGACGUGCCAGGGACACUGACACCAUGAAACCACGCAGCAUCCGUCUCCGGGUCGUGUACACACUCACACACAGUACGCCUGAGAACCUCCCACUGAGCCGUGUAGCAGCAGCCCUCACGCUACCCCUGUCGGAGGAGUGAGAGACAGACCAUACUGCUGCGGUGCUGCCAGACUGACCUGGUCCUGUGUCUGGUCAGAUGGGACCUUUUCCAGCCAGAAUCCAGACCAGACGCCUCGCUGGGCCGAGCCGGGCCAAAAAACAGCCCGAGCAGAGUUAAACAUUCCACUGGAGGCAGGGCUGCUGAGAGCUGGAGAGGCAGAGAGAGGGAGACACCUCCCUCCGUCGUCUUUUAGGAUGAACCCUCUCUCUCUGUCUCUCUAAACCGUCUCUCUCUUGUAAUAUUUGGUGCUACUUAUAUUUGUCUUUGGCCACAGGACUGGUUGCAGGUUGUCUUUGACUCAGUGGCCUGAUUUUCUUAAACCUGUAUGUUUACAGGUGAUAUCGGAAUAGUUAUGAAUUAUAAAACAAAACAAAAUCCACUUUGUAAAGAAAAUGAUUUUCCAAAUAUAUUUGGCCAUGAAAAGGAACAUGCUAUAUGAUGAAAUGUACGAUUUCUCCAUGUUAUCUGAUAGUUGUUACUUGAGCUCUUUGUUUUGUGCUAUUGCUUUGUUGUGUAUCAUCGUAUCCACCACGUCCUCACUGUCAGUCAGCUGAAGUAUGAGUUUGAUUUGCACAGUGUGUCAGCAGUGAGAGGACGUGUGAAUUUGUGUCUGUUCUUGACUUGAUGUCUACAUGGAAGCUACAACCGCCGCACUGCGGUGAACCUGCCGUACUCUUGCAGUUUUUUGGGUUUAAUUUGUUCACACAUCAACACUACCUUCAGUAAUGUGAGCAGAGCCUGUGCUCACAUCACCUGGACUUUUUUAUUUACAUUAUGGGAUGUUAUAUUUUGUUGUGGCUGCAGACAGUGGCUUUAAAAAGGAACUUCAACA